AUGUUACUUCAGUGGAUUUGGGCUCUUGCGUUCUUUCAAUGCAUUAUAAUUUCACAAACGAAAUCUGGCAGUUUGCUAACAGUCUUUUUAUUGGCUCGUCAUGGAGAGAGAUAUCCUUGCCACGUUUUUAACCAUCCAAUUUAUCCAGUGGAAUACGUUAAUCUUCGAUGUCAGCUUACAGAAAAUGGCGCACGGCAACACUAUAAAUUGGGUCAAUUUAUCAGAAAGCGCUACUCUAAUAUCAUUUCCGAAGGUUUUAAACAGGCAGAAAUACACAUUCGAAGUACUGGAACUGAGCGAACAAUCCGAUCAGCAACUUACUUCAGUCUUGGUCUAAAUUCGCUUACUUCCUCUGAGUUACCGCAUCUUCCACCUGUCUUUUCAUCUCCCAAAAAACAUGACUCCCUCCUCAAAAUGUCCUAUCCUUGUCCUGCGUUUUCAAAAUUAUUUACAGCCUUCCUUGAUUCAAAUCUUUCUCGUGAAUUUGCUCAAACAGAGUUAAAACUGUUUGAGGAACUGAAGAAUUUCACUGAUUUUGAAUAUGACACAGCAUCUCCCCAUUUUGCCCUGAGAGAUUUGUGGAAGUUGUGUGAACCAAUCUACGUUUGGGAUGGAUUAGAACGAUCUACUAAGGGUGAUUCUCUUCCCUUCAAUGCGGACUUGGCAGAAUCCUGUCAUCGUGCAUUGAGUUUUCGCCAGCAAUUGCGCUUCUCCGCACCAAGUCAAACGUUUCUUCGUGGUGGCCCUCUUUGGAACCAUGUUCUAUCCACUAUGCGUCGUCUAUCAAUUUCUGCAAUGAGUGAUGAUGGUUUUCUAUCUGAUUCUGAAGAGAUUGAUAUUCUGGAUAUCCCUAUUGCCCCUGAAACCCGUUUUCUUGCUUAUUUUGCGCACGAUUCUACUGUUGCUGCUUUCCUAAGCCAUGUGGGGAUGUUUAAUAACAUACUUCCGCCUUACGCUAGUGCGGUUAUCGUGGAACUGCAUCGAAUGACUGACGGACAAUUAGGAUUGAAAUUCUUUUAUCAUAACUCAACCGAGCCUUCUUCAGUAAACUUACUGACUUUGAGCAGCCCUCUUUGCACUGAUGAGAAAACAGGAUGGUGCGAAUUAGAUAUUCUCGAGCAAAAAUUAAUAGGCACAGCUGCAACUGAUAUGGUGGCAGCCUGUGCUGAGGAGGACAAGAGCUCGCACAGGUUCAAGGUGGCGAUCGUCACCCUUAUUAUCUCAUUCGCUUUUGCCUACAUGCUCCCUAUUGCAUUUACUGUUCGAGCCCUUCUUUGUCUCAUUUCUAUUUUCCUAACUUAUAGAGCCAUUUUCUUUCUUUCCUAG